CAGAAACCCCUUCCUCCCUUUUUGUCACCACUUCUUCUUCUUCUUCAUUCAUCCAUGGUGGUCACUCUCCCACCACUCACCACCACCACCACCGCCACCGUCAUCAUCUCCUCCUCUUCUUCUCAGUAAACAUCUUCAAGAUUUCCGCGCAGACUAGAAAGUAAAAAGAGAGAGAUGGUGUCGUAUAUAGGAGUGUUGUUGUAUGGAGUAGGAGGUAUAAUGGUAGCAGGAGUAGCAUUACUAGUUGCAUUUCAAGAGAAAUUAGUGUAUGUACCGGUAUUACCUGGUUUGACUAAAUCGUAUCCAAUUACACCUUCUCGUCUUCGUCUUGGUUAUGAAGAUGUUUGGUUAACUUCUUCUGAUGGUGUUCGUCUUCAUGCUUGGUUCAUCAAACUAUUCCCUGAUUGCAGAGGUCCUACCAUUCUUUUUUUCCAAGAAAAUGCUGGAAAUAUUGCUCAUCGUCUUGAGAUGGUCCGUAUAAUGUUGCAGAAAUUGCAGUGCAAUGUGUUUAUGCUUUCCUACAGAGGAUAUGGGGCAAGUGAUGGUUACCCUUCCCAACAUGGUAUUACUAGAGAUGCUCAAGCCGCAUUGGAACAUCUUGCUCAGAGAACUGACAUUGACACAUCAAGAAUAGUUGUUUUUGGUAGAUCACUUGGGGGCGCAGUUGGUUCAGUGCUUACCAAAAAUAAUCCUGAUAAGGUUGCAGCUCUGAUAUUAGAGAAUACUUUCACUUCCAUCCUAGAUAUGGCAGGAGUUCUAUUACCAUUCCUAAAGUGGUUCAUUGGAGGCAGUAGCGCAAAAGGUCCAAGGAUUCUGAAUUGUGUCGUACGAUCUCCAUGGAGUACAGUUGAUAUUGUUGGCCAGGUCGAACAGCCCAUCCUAUUCUUAUCUGGAUUGCAAGAUGAGAUGGUUCCUCCAUCUCACAUGAAGACGCUAUAUGUGAAAGCAGCCACACGUAAUAAGAAGUGUAUUUUUGUCGAAUUCCCAAAUGGCAUGCAUAUGGACACUUGGGUGUCUGGUGGAGAUCUCUACUGGAAUACAGUGCGGCAGUUCUUGGAACAAAACGCCUCGGGGAAGAAGCAAAAUAUUACGCACCAGAGUGAAAAUGAUUCUGAGACAAGAUGACGGGGGAGCAUUAGACAGAUGGAACUGUGAAACUUGUCAUCCAUCGUAGGAACCAGAUGAUUUUUACCUGUUUUUUAAAGGUUGUUGGAGCUGAAAACUUCGCCUUGGCCUUGCUGCUCAGACUUAAGUUUUCUUCUCUAUUUUGCAUGCUGAUUCUUUUCUACAUGGUUCUGGGUUUCACUUUUGAUAUGUACACAACUAUUAGAAUUUUGUGAACUGAGACCUGCAACAAAAAAAACUUCUAUCAUCUUGUGUUUAGUCCCAUGUAUGAAAUAAGCAAUUUGUUCUUACAAUUGCCAAUUGGUUUGGCAUUGCUA